AUGGCAGAGAGACUGAGACGGAUUAAAGAGAGAUUGAAGGCGGCUGCUGAAACAGGAGAUAUCGAAGCUGCCUCAGCAGGACAGAUGGAUUUUGCUAUAGAAAUCUUGAGAUUGAAGCCAUCAUUUGGUAGGAAGCUAAACCCAGAUGGGCUAAGCUCCUUGCACCUUGCUUUAUUAAACAAGAAGUUCGAUAUGAUUGCCAUGAAAACCAAGAAUAAAAGUGCUGUAGAAGUUUUAUUGGGACUUCUUCGCAGGAUUUACAAGAAAAGAGUGCUGGCCUCCAAAGAUGACAAAGGGAACACUGCUUUGCAUAUACCGGUGUUCAAUUCACAGCUCCAGUGGGUAGUUCUAGAGAAAUUUUAUCGGGGAAAAUACGAAAUGGGAACUUGCAUUUGCAUGGUUGUGAGUGGGGAGAAAGACACUGUUGCCAUGGUAAUGAUGGUGAAAUUAUUAGUUAAAGAAUCCUUUGUGGACAUAAAUGCAAAUAAUUCAGAGACACAGAUUGCACUUGACAUCGCUCUGCUACUUGAUCAAAGUAAUGAAGCCAGAUCGAUUGUGAAUACUUUACGCUUUGCAGGAGCUUUAGAAAGUUCAUCGUCUGCUAAUAAUGACUAUAGUCUUGCUAAAUUUUUUAAUUCGCCCGAGCAACCUUUGGAACCCCUUGGAGGGAUAGGCGGUGGUGACAACAACCUUCUUACAAAUGGCGGUAAUCACGUCAACGCCACAGUUUCGUCCACCAACAACCUAUUAGCUGCUAACACCUUAUCCAUUCCCACUGACGAUCCUGUCAAACGAUUUCCGUUCGACGUUCCUGAUGCAAAACAUCUUAUACUUAAUUAUGGAGCUGCCUUCCUCACUUUUUAUCGAUUCAACACAGGUGCCAUUGUUCUCUCGAUGUCGUCGAUAUAUAAUGUUUUCCUUCCCAGUUCAUGCCUCAUUGGGUCUACUGCAUGGCGCUCUUUUCAUUAUGAUGCUAGCCUUUGGGGUUUCAUUAUACCUCAUAUCACCAUCGUUUGGUUACUCUGA